AUGCCGGCCAAGCCAGAGGAAACAAUCUGCAGCAUCUCGGCUCUUGCCACGCAAUUAGGCAACCAGAUCUCUGUGCACAUGCUGAAUUACAUCAGCACCACCAAUGACCUUCCCGACGGAUUUCGCGAACUUUCCCAUACCUUCCUCGACACCUGUCGCAUGUUAUGGGCCAUUGAAGCUGGAGUGGAAAAGAAAUUCGUCUCCACCUACCGGGACUUCCAACAACUUGACAAGAUCAUUUUGAAGCUUAUUCAGUAUGAACAUCGCGGGACACUGGGAAAGCUUCAGCGAGGAUGGAAUCGGCCGGGCCAUGAGCUCAGCCGCAUUCAUGAGUCGCUGAAGAAGACCACCGAAACUCUCCAAAUCAGUGGUAUGGCCUUUCACUGGUCGCUUGGAGACGCCCACCCGGAAGAGUCCGUGGGCAUCGGAUACGCUGGCCUAGCGGCCGCGCUCGAUCGCGUAUCCCAAGGCCGCUCUGUGAUGGGAAUAAACAAGGCCAACUAUACCGAACCUGAGCGAUCCUCAUCGAGUAAGCAUCAGUCGCCUGAUUCGACGCCAUCUGUGCCCCCGAAGGAAUCAUUUACUGCAUCCCGACUCAACCAAGGCAUUCGCCAAGAAGCCGAAAUCCUGACGGAUGACAUGUCCUCGGUUCUGUCCUUGAACGGUUUCCUGAACCCCCAGUCUCGUGAGGCUGUGAAAACCCCGUAUCUUGAUCACCGGGAACUGCCGCACCGGCUGGCCCUACCAAACUCAGCAGCUUCUGCUGAGGAGAUCAGCCUCGGCUAUUCGAGUCAAGAUGCCGCCAGCGCCAAUCUAACGGAGACUCUGCUGGCGCACGGCGUCAAUGUGAAAGAGGAGACGCGCGAUGGUGCAACGUUACUCAUCGAAGCCAUUCACAAACGCGCACCGGUGCAAGCUAUCGAAACCUUGCUCAAUUCCGGUUCCGACCCCAAUCGCAAAGAUGACCACGGCAAGACCGCACUAUGCGAAGCUGUACAAAGUGAUCAGCCAUCUAUUGUGACACUCUUAUUAAACAAAGACGCGAAUCCAAACCUGCCAGGACCCGAGCAUGUCCUCUGGUCCGCUGUUCACCGCCCAGGCUGCUUGCGCAUCCUGCUCGCGCGGGGUGCCGAUGUGAAAAAGACCCCUGGUCUUAUGGAGCAAGCGACAGGUGUCAACAAUAUCGAUGCCGUGCGCGUCCUGCUGCAGGCGGGCAUGGACCCCAAUUCCAAGAAAGACGGAAUAUACACACCACUCUGCUCCGCCAUUCGCGAUGACCGCUCCGAUAUCCUCACCUUGCUUCUCCAUCACGGUGCUGAUCCUAAUGUGAUGGCAUCUGAAUACCCAGCCUGGAAGUGUAUCACCCAUAAACGUCUUCAUUUCCUCCCAGACUUGGUGGCAGCCGGUGCAGAUCUCCGCAAACCACCAGGUAUUGUCGAGUGCGCCGUCCAGGAAAACUAUAUGGAGGCUCUGCAUUGGCUCGUGCGCCAAGGAAAUGCCAAUCCAAACGACCGUACUGAGCAGGGCCACACAGCCGUGACAACUGCCAUCCGGAAGAACCGGCCAGAAAUGCUAGAAUGGUUAUUGGCAAAUGGUGCCGAUCCCAACAUACGCGGUAAGGACUGGCCAAUAUACAUGGCGGCUCAAUCGCCGAGCAUGCUACGACUUAUUUUGCCCGGUAUAACCGAUCUUUCCGCACACAAGGGUGUCAUGGAGAAAGCAGUCCAGGCAAACCAACUAGAAAACGUCAAACUACUCAUCGCAGCCGGCGCCAGUGUAGAGUGGAAAAACGGCGGCGUGUUCUCACCACUGACCACAGCCCUGCGCGAGUGCCACUGGGUUAUUGUGCGCUAUCUUCUGGACGAGGCUGGUGCCGACCCCAAUGCCCCUGGUGAGCAUUUGCCACUCGUCAAGGCGAUCCGGAGAUGUGACGAUGGUAACUUUGCCAUGAUUGAGUUGCUCCUCGAAAGGGGCGCCGAUCCCAAUAAAUGCUACCGUAACUGGAACGCGAUCAUGCAGGCCAUCGAGGACCGCGAUAUUCGGUUGUUGCAGCUUUUGAUUGAGAAGGGCGGUCAGGUUGAUCUUACUCUGAAAGAUGAGACUGGUACGACGGUUUUGGAUAUGGCGAACUCUUCUGGCUGGCAGGAAGGAACUAAGCUUCUUUUGAAGAAUGCACGCCAGUGA